AUGGCCGCUGAAGUAGCAAAGGCCGACCAGGCCAAGCCGGCCUCGACAAAGCCUGAGCGACCCAACGAGGAGGAGUUCAAGGCCAAUCUGGCCAAGGCUGAGAAAGAGUUGAAGGCCACGGAAGAGCGCAUGGUAAGUCGCUGGACAAUGCAAUUGUGCCGAGCCCGGCAUCGGGAACGCGCAUCGCCAACGACGCAUGCUUGCUGCAUCCACAGUGCUAGGAGAGAGCUUGCAGGUUUGGGAGCAUAAGGCCAAAGAAUUGGAGCUGACCCCGUUGUAGAAGCAGAUCAAGGCCAAGAUCGAGAAUGCUCAGCCCAAGAACAAGGACUCCCCCAACGCAAAGCGCCAACAGGAACUUCGCAAUGAGCUUUCCGAGAUCCGCACUCAGCAACAAUCGAGCAAGUCCGGCCGUACGCAGGUCAUGGACAAGAUCAAGCGUCUCGAUGAGCAGCUCAAGGCCCGCAUCGCCGAGUCGAAGAACGCCCGUAACAAGGUCCAAUUCAAGUCGGCAGAUGACGUUCAGAAGCAGAUCGAUGCCCUCCAGAAAGACGUUGACAGCGGCAAGUUGAAGAUCGUGGAUGAGAAGAAAGCACUUUCGGAAAUCUCACAGCUCAAUCGCAUCAAGAAGGGCUUUGCGGGAUUCGACGAGUCGCAAAAGGGCAUCGAUGAGACCAAGGCACAAAUCUCUGAAUUGAAGAAGCAACUCGACGACCCAGAGUCCAAGGCGCUGUCCGAGCGAUACACCAAGAUCACCACUGAGCUGGACACGAUCAAAGCGGAGCAGGACGAUGCAUUCAAGAACCUCAACGCCCUCCGCGACGAGCGCUCAAAGAUUCACGAGGACCAGCAGAAGAAGUACUCCACCGUGAAAGAGAUCAAGGAUGCCUACUAUUCGCAACGUCGUGCCGCUAUGGACUACGAGCGUGAGGCUCGCCGGGUCCGCGAGGAGAAGCGAAGAGCUGAGAACGAUGCAUACCACCGCGGUCGGAGACAGGAGGCCGCCAAGGCCAAGCUUGAGGAUGCCAGCGCUCCUGCAUACGGCGAGCAGAUCCGCAUCGCGCAGUCUCUCCUCGCCCACUUCGAUCCGUCCUCUGUCGGCAAGCAAGAGGUCGCCGGACCUGGCAAGUUCGCCGCUGCCGCAAGUCGUACUGUCGAUGCUUCUGGCAUCAAGGGAACGGCUCUGAAGAAGAAGGGCGAUGAUGACGACGCCUACUUUGUCGGCAGUGGAGGCAAGAAGAAGAAGGGCGGGAAGAAGGGCCAGUCCAACGGCACAUCUUCUCCUGCUCCUGAGGGCAAGUUCCAGCUUGACCCUCGCACCAUCGAGUACCUUGCGGAGAUGAACAUCGACCCACCGCUUUCCCAAGCAGAUGUUCCAACCGUCGUUGAGAAGAUCAAGGAGAAGCUCGAGUUCUGGAAGAAGGAUCAGGACCGCAAGACCAAGGAGGUGAGUUGACAAGACUUCGGGUCUCUGAUGCUCUCACUAACACGACCAUAGAACGUUGCAAACGCCGAAGCCGAGAUCAAGCGUCUCGAAGAAGAAGCAGCCGCGAUCUCUGCCGGUACCUCCGCUGAGAAUGCGCGCAAGCCUGCUACUGAAAAGCAGCAGGUCAAUGGUUCUGCCAAUGCCGGUGCUGAGCUCUCUCAAGAGAAGGACGCCGCUGCCGAUGUGAGCAAGGACCUCGAGAAGGUAAAGAUCGAGGAUCAGACUGCACCCGAGGGCACAGCCUAG